GAUAUUUGACAAGUGACAGCUGUUUGAUAUUAUUUGUGAAAUAGGAUGUAGCUGAAAUUGUUUUUGUAAUUUAUUCUUUGUUCCAGUCAACAAAAAAAAAACAUUAAAAUGAAGAAUUUCCCCGUGUUUGUCUUUCCAGUUUCCUUGGAAUUCUAUUUAAACGCGAGACAUACCCAUAAACAGUUGUUAACUGUGUAUAAUCCAUACGAGUUUUCUGUUAAUUUCAAAGUAUUAUGUACAUCUCCAAACAAAUUCACUGUAAUAGACCCAGAAGGAGUUAUAGCUCCUCAAAGUUGUAUCGAUAUCGUAGUUAGAUAUUCGCAGCCGUCUAUCUCGCAUUGCAAUUCCGCUGAAAAGUUUCGAAUAACAAUGUAUGAUCGAAAUACCCAACAGGCAUUGGGUAAACGGGAUAUUCCAACCAAACUCAUCGAAGGUGAACCAUCCAACAUCAAUCAAGAAAGUUUGGGAGAUAAUUUUCAUCCACUUACUACAAAACCAGCACCAAUGAGAACGGAGGAACAUUCUCGAGUCAUAUGUAAUCAUUCACACCACAGAGACCAACCCAUCAAUGUUGUGGCGGUGGCAGUGAGUAUAUGUUGUAUAGCAGCCCUACUUUUGCCAACACAACCAGAACAGGUGCUGAAAUCACAGUGGCCGGAGUGGUUGCAUAUCGGGUCUAAUCUUAAGUUAGUAUUCUCAUUUGUUCUAGGACUUGUUAGCAUGCUAGUAUUAAGACCUUGAGUUGUACAGGUGGUAGUAUUUUUAUGACACAUUGAUAAGUUGGGUUUUGUAUUUUUUUAUUUAAAUUUUCGUAUUCUAAUUCUAGAUCAAUAGACAAACACUUUUUUUCUUUCAAUGAUAUUAUAAUAAAAAGCAUAUUAAGCUUCAAAUAAUUUGACUUCUUUGGUGUUGCAUCCAUUAAAUUGAGGCAGUUAUAAAAUAUGUAUGUGUUGCCAUAUAAUAUAAAUAGUUUAUAAUUAAGGUGACAUUUUGUAAAUACAGGGAUUUUUUUGUACACAGUUGUGUUGGUGGUGUUUAUAUUUUAUGUAUGUUUAGGGUUACUGUUAAUAUUUAAAAAUACUUAGAUUCAAUAAUGAAAAUAACUUUUAAAGUAUUCAAUAGUAUCUUUAAUUUAUGAAUUGCUAAUGUUCUAGAUCAGCAUAUAUUUAUAUCAUAUUCUGAAAACAGCGAUUCUUGAAUAAAAAGGUAAUUCUAGGAAAAUCAUAUCAAAUUAUUUCUACUUAAUUGUAUGGUAAUUUUUUUUUUUUAUAAAAAUUUGGGUGGUGAUCUGUCUAUAGUACCUGUUAUUUGGAAUAAAAUAAUAUAUUUCCAUAUAAAUAUAUAUAUAUCUUCAUGUCGGUUCUUGGGACCAUCUUGUAUAAUUACAAAAUUCAUGCCAAAUAUAUAAGUGAUGUAACAA